AUGGCCUCGGCUUCGCCAGAGAAGCACGGCGAUGCUGUCGAGAGAGAAGUGAUCUCUUCUACUGAGCCUACGCAUCAUGACUCUCCAAAGCAUGAUCAAGCCACUACAGACACGGUGAUUGAUGUGCUCAACAAUCCUACCGUCGAGCGUCAACCCAGUCAUUCGCCGCGACCAUCAACACGCUCAUCGUCUGUGUCUACCACAUCUCAGACACCACCCGAGAAAAAGAAGAAAAAGACUCUUCGCUCGUUCUUCACAUACUUCCAGCUCCUCUUCUAUGCCAAUCCAACAUGGAUCGAUAUACUUCUUCUGAUUGUAGGCACUUUAUCCGCUUGCGCUGCUGGAGCGCCAUUCCCCCUGAUGGGUAUCAUCUUCGGUCAGCUCGUCAACGACCUCAACACCGCGUCAUGCGACGAUCCGGAAGCAGCAUCCCAAUACUCGCCUCAAGAACUCCAAGCCAGCAUCAACAAAAAGGUAGUCAUGAUCACAUGGAUCGGAGUGAUUAGCUUUGCCCUCAUUUACACGUAUAUUGUGUCGUGGUCUAUCUUCAGCCGUCGUCUCGAAAAUCGUAUUCGCGAUCGAUAUUUCAUGAGCAUCCUUCUACAAGAUGCUGCCUUUUUUGACAAAAGGCAGGCUGGAGAGAUUACAUCUCGCCUCAACACGGAUAUUCAGGCUAUCCAGUCGGGUACUUCAGAAAAGGUCGGCAUCAUCAUUGGAUGCACAUCCUUCUUCGUCUCUUCAUAUGUGGUCGCCUUUGUCAAGAACACCACACUCGCUGGUAUCCUCGUAUCUCUUGUGCCUGCAUUCAUGAUACUUGCCGUCGUAGGUAGCAUGUUCACGGCGAAGUUUGCAACAGCCAUGUCUGAAAAGAUCGCAUCUGCUUCAUCAAUUGCCUCAGAGGUUCUCGCCAACAUUCCUGUUGUGCAAGCUUUUGGCGCAGGACCGCGUCUCGAGGCCAUCUUUGCUGAGAGAAUGAAGGGAGCAAGAAAACAGGGCAUCAACAAGGCUUUCGUUGCUGCUGUACAGGCUGGAUUGCUUUACUUCAUUGCCUACUCUGCCAACGCCCUUGCUUUCUGGCAGGGUAGUUCGCAGAUCGCGGACAUGGUUGAGGGCAAUGGCGGCGCAUCUGUGGGUGAUAUCUACACUGUCAUUCUUCUGUUGGUUGACGCUUGCGUUGUUCUUGGUGGUAUUGCACCUCUAUUGCCACUUGUCGGUGCUGCUAUUGGAUCUUUUGAAAAGCUUCGCGAAGAUAUGGACAGCCCAGCCGCCAUUGACACAGGUUCCAACAGUGGUGAGAAGCUCUCUUCGGUCGAAGGAACUGUCUCCUUCAGAAAUGUCUCUUUUGCGUAUGUCUCUCGACCUCACCACCCUGUUCUAAAGAGCGUUUCAUUCGACUGUCCUGCUGGCAAGCAUACCGCCCUUGUUGGACUUUCAGGUAGUGGCAAGUCGACUGUCGCUGGUUUAACAUCCCGAAUCUACGAUCCCACCGAAGGCACCGUUUUUCUGGAUGGGCACGAUCUGAAGAGCCUGAACGUGAAUGGUUUGAGAAGCCAUAUGAGUCUUGUGCAGCAGGAGCCUUCUCUCCUGGAUCGAUCCAUCGUGGAGAACAUUGCUCUUGGUAUCCUGAACUCGCCUCAGCCGGAGCAUGCACGAUUCAAAUCCACUAUUAUUGGUACCGGUCUCUUAGAACUUGCUGCCAAGCUCCGGCAGGGCGAGGGUUUGGCGACCGCAUCUCAGGGAUUUGGUCAGGACAUGGUCGAUCUCGUCGGUCGUGUUCAAGAGGCCGCUAGACUUGCGGAUGCAUCUGGAUUCGUUGAUAGGCUUGAGUAUGGUUAUGGCACACUUGUCGGUAGUGGCGGAAAGCUCGUGAGCGGUGGCCAGCGACAGCGUCUUGCGCUUGCUCGAGCCUUGAUUCGCGAUCCUAAGAUCCUUAUCCUUGAUGAGGCCACUGCAUCUCUUGAUUCUGCGAGCGAGCACCGUAUCCAGAUGGCUAUCGAAUCCAUCGCAAAGAGUCGCACCGUCAUUGCUAUCGCCCAUCGUUUGUCUACUAUCAAGAACGCCGAUAAUAUCAUCGUUAUGAACAGUGGCGAAAUCAUCGAGCAGGGAAACCACCUUGAGCUCAUGGCUUUGAACGGUUCGUACGCUAGUAUGGUUCGUCUGCAGACAGUUGACUCUGAGGAUGCUGGGUCUACAACAAGCACUGUACGCACUGAUAACGUAUACUCCGAGAAAGACUCCAUCACAGAUCUCAAGACCAAGAAUAUUGAGACAGAAGUAGCAGAUGAUGCUAAGAAGGAAGACGAGGAGAAGGCGGCAGUUCCUGAGGGAGAUGCUGCUCUUGAUUCCAACAAGUCUGCAUGGACUGUCAUCAAGACGAUCGGCGGCAUGGUACGACCAUAUCUGCUGCUGAUCAUCCUCUGUCUCUUCGCUGCCACUAUUGUCGGCCUCACAUUCUCGUCUGCUGGUCUCAUCUUUGGUUAUACUAUCGACAACAUCAGCCCCUGCAACCCUGUCGAGGAUAUCCGAUGGGCUGGUAGGUUCUUUGGAGGCAUGUGGUUUCUGGUUGCUUGCGUCGAACUAUUGGCCAAUACCACAAGUUGGACUGGCUUCGGCAUGGUUGCUGAGAAGUUGUUGUACAAGAUCCGAGUCCUUUGCUUCCGCUCCCUGUACGAACAGGAUCUUGAUUGGCAUCAGUCAGAGGGCCGUACACCCACUGCGCUCUUGUCUGUUAUCACAACAGAUGCUGCAGCAGUUGGUGGGUUCAGCGGAUCCAUCAUGGGCACGAUCUUCUCUAUUAUGGUCAAUUUCCUGGUCGCCAUUAUCCUUUCGCAUAUUCUUGCCUGGAAGAUUGCCAUUGUGUGUCUGGUUAUUGUCCCUAUUCUUCUCGGUUGCGGUAUCAUGCAACUUCGUUCACUCUCCAAGUUCGAGCGUCGCCAUGCUGGAGCAUUCUCUGGCGCAGUUGGUAUCGCUAACGAGGCUGUCAACUCGUUCAAGACCAUAUCUUCACUUUCCAUCGAAGAGGAAGUCAUGAGCUCGUACCGACGUGCCCUCAAAGCACCCCGCAAAGAAAUCACUCUGGCUUCCAUGUAUGCCAAUCUAUGGCUAUCGCUCGCCAACAGCACUGGAAACUUGAUCUACGCGUUUGCCUACUGGUGGGGAUCAACACGAAUUACUGCAGGCGAGGCAAGCCAGCGAGAAUUCUUUGUUAUUCUCAUCUGCAUGCUUGUUAGUGCACAACUCUGGGGCCAAAUGUUCAGUCUUGCCCCAGAAGUAUCUCGGGCCAGAGCUGCAGCCUCACGCAUUCUCAGCUUGAUCAACCUCGGGUCUUCUGACGAUGAUGCCAAGAAGGGUAAACUCAAGCUCGCCAUUGAGAAUACUGAAAAGGACGUUGAAGCUCGUGCUGAGGCCCCCACAAAGGGCAGCGGAGGCAAGGGCGCGACCAUCGUUUUCAAGGAUGUCAAGUUCUCAUACCCAGCUCGACCUCAUAUCCAGAUCCUCUCAGGCAUGUCCUUCACCAUCUCGGCUGGACAGUUUGUUGGUCUUGUCGGGCCCUCGGGUGCCGGUAAGUCUACCGUUAUGUCACUCGUCCAGCGCAUGUACCGGCCAUCGAGCGGAACUGUCGAGAUCAACGGCGUGGACAUUUGCGCGCGUGAAGGAACGGAAUUCCGCCACGAUAUCGCAGUUGUUCCCCAAGACUGUGCCCUUUUCGACGGAACGAUCCGAUUCAACGUAUCUCUGGGUUCGACUCCUGACCACAACCCGACCGACGAGGAGAUCCACGAGGCUUGCAAGCUGGCCAACAUCCAUGACGUGAUUAUGGAACUGCCCAACGGCUACGACACUGAAUGCGGCCCGAACGGUUCUCGUCUUUCCGGUGGACAACGCCAGCGUCUAGCAAUUGCGCGUGCUCUUGUACGUAAGCCCAAGCUAUUGCUCCUUGACGAGAGCACGAGUGCACUCGAUGCUGAGAGCGAGCGGGCUCUGCAGGAGGGCCUUGAGCGUGUGGCACGCGGUAUCACAGUGAUUGCCAUUACACACAGGCUUCACACGGUGCGCAAAGCGGAUGUCAUCUUCAUGAUUGAGGGAGGAAAGGUUGUUGAAAAGGGACGGCACGAAGAGCUAGUGGAGAGGAUCGCAACCAUUCCCUCGACAUCUCCCCUUGACAAUCCCUCCUCCGUUCCUGGCGUUGCCCUUACCACUUCUCAAUCCCGCCUUAACGACGCCCACUCGACACGAGGAGGGAGUGCUUCUGCCUCCCUGUUAGACGACUCAGUCUUGAUCUCACAGCAGAACCAGCGCGGCAUCAGCGCCAACACAAGCAGCAGCGCCAACCAGAGCGAGCAGUUUGAACUUGUCGAUUAUCCUCCCAUCCAGGCUCGUCGAGACGCCGCAGACCGCGAAACCAGAAGACGGGCGAAACGAGACGAAAAGCGCCGCUGGCUCGACGAACAGGACGAGAUGAAGUUCUCCCACAGUAUUCAGUUCAAUGCUGUUCCUGAUUGGAGCAGUCAUUACAUUGCCUAUAGCAACCUCAAGAAGCUAAUCUACCACCUCGAAAAGAAUGCUCAUCAGGCGCGUGGCAGCACUGGUGACGCCGAAUCGCGACCUCUUAUAAACCAAGAAGAUGCCGAAGAAGUUUUCUCCCGAGCCCUGGGGGUUGAACUAGAAAAGAUCUGCUCCUUCUAUGUCGCCAAGGAGGGUGAGCUUCUCGAGGAGGCUGCCCAACUCCUACGCGACGUUGGCGACGAAGCUGAGGAUGCCAUUGCCGAUAACCGUUACUUGCGCCGGCUCUCUGUUUCGUCAGCCCAUCGGCCCGAAGGCAGAAAUGGGUUUCGCUCCAGAAGCCCUCGAAGUCGCAGCAGCGAUAAUGAAGAGAGCGGAAGCGAAGAGGAGGAUGAGACCACUGGACUCACAACAAGGCGACGCAGCAGUGGGGGCCGAAGGCGGACACUUCCCAACAUUAAUGCCAAGGCGCGCUCUGAGGAUAUGAAUGCCUCUAGCGACUUUGGACGAGACAUGAGAAGGCACAGCACUACAGCUGACGAGAACGAAGACCAGGCUCUCAUGUUCUCUUCGGGCAUCUUUUCAUCCGCCAUCAUGCUCAAGAAGCGCAUCAUUGGCCUCUAUGUGUCUCUUUGCGAACUCAAGUCGUUUAUCCAGCUCAACCGCACCGGUUUCACCAAGGUUCUCAAGAAAUUCGACAAGAUUCUCGAUAAGGAACUCAAGGGACCCUACCUGCGAGCCAAUGUCGAAACGGCGUAUCCUUUCAAGGAUGAGACGAAGCGCGUUCUCGAGGAGCACAUCACCAAGAUGGAGAAGGCCUUUGCUGAGAUCGUUACUGGUGGAGAUGAGGAGUUGGCUCGCAAGGAUCUUCGCUCACAUCUCAGGGAGCACGUUGUUUGGGAGCGCAACACAGUUUGGCGAGAUCUCAUUGGUAUUGAGCGUAGAGCCGAGGCUGCGGGCUUGGGACAGGCGCUUCUCGGCCAGGAGAGAGGCAAUGUUACAAGAAGGUUACAGGGCGACGAGGCCAAGGCAUUCAAGGCCGCCCAGUUCCGUACGCCGUUUGGCAGGGUCACAUUACCCGCGUGGCUUGCCAGCUCGUCUCUGUGGACCCUUAUUGCCUGCCUUACGGUCUUUGCCUUGCUACUUUUGCUUCCCAUCAUGGAAAAGGCUGAGCAGCAAAACUGCCUGGCGAUGCUUGUCUUUGUCAGUUUACUAUGGGCGACCGAGACCAUUCCCCUCUUUGUCACUUCAUUGCUUAUUCCCUUCCUCUCUGUCGUUCUGAACGUCGUCCGUGAUGAGACACCCGGAAAGCCUCCAAAGCGUCUUGAUUCUAAGCAGGCAACAUCCGCCAUCUUCGCCGCUAUGUGGACGCCUGUCAUCAUGCUUCUUCUCGGUGGCUUCACCUUGGCGGCGGCUUUGUCUAAGUGUACUAUCGACAAGCGACUGGCAACUCUUGUUCUGAGCAAGGCUGGUACUCAGCCCAAGACUGUACUGAUUGCCAACAUGUUUGUCGCUGCUUUUGCAUCCAUGUUGAUCAGCAACGUUGCUGCACCUGUCCUGUGCUACUCUAUCAUUGAGCCCAUGCUGCGAACCUUGCCUUCCGACUCCAACAUGUCCAAGGCAGUCAUCAUUGGCAUCGCCCUCGCCUCCAACAUUGGCGGAAUGCUGUCUCCUAUCGCAUCUCCCCAGAACGUGGUGGCCAUGGGCAUUAUGCAGCCCGCGCCUACAUGGCUUCAGUGGUUCUUCAUCGUUAUCCCCGUUGGCGCUGUCUCGAUCGUCCUUAUCUGGCUUCUUCUCCUCGUCACUUUCCAGCCAGGUAAGGGUACGACAAUUGCUCCUAUUCGCCCUGUUAAGGAGAAGUUUACUGGCGUUCAAUGGUUCGUGACCAUUGUCACUAUCACUACCAUUGCUUUGUGGUGCGCUAGCCACCAGCUUGAGGCCGAGUUCGGAGAUAUGGGUGUCAUUGCUAUUAUUCCCAUCGUGCUCUUCUUCGGUAUUGGUCUUCUGACCAAGGAGGACUUCAACAACUUCCCCUGGACUAUCAUUAUCCUUGCUGCGGGUGGUCUGUCUCUGGGCAAAGCUGUGCGCUCGUCUGGUCUGCUCCACACUCUUGCGGAGAUUGUUUCUGCGAAGGUUGAGGGCAUGAGUCUUUAUGGCGUGCUGGUUGUCUUCUCAGCCUUGAUCUUGGUUAUUGCAACCUUUAUCAGCCACACUGUCGCUGCUUUGAUUUUCCUGCCUCUUGUCUUCGAUGUGGGUGUCGCAAUGGAGCAGCCUCACCCCAACCUUCUCGUCAUGGGCGGUGUCCUCAUGUGCAGUGCCGCUAUGGGUUUGCCGACUAGUGGCUUCCCCAACAUGACCGCAAUCAUGAAGGAAGAUCCCUUUGGUCAGCGUUAUUUGCAGGUCAAGCAUUUCAUCAGCCGCGGUGUACCAAGCAGUCUCAUCACUCUUGUCGUGGUUGUGACCCUUGGAUAUGGCAUUAUGCAACUCGCUGGACUCGACUAA